AUGGUCACACAACGCACCACCCCGAAGCGGGUCACACCAAAGAAGGAAGCUAACACGCCAGGUCAAGGUCGGAUCGAUUCAUUCUUCACUCGCAAGGCCGCCGCCGCUGCGAGCCCAUCGCAAGCCUCCCCCUCAGCCGCGGCGGCCCGCAGGACACCCACAAGCUCGUCAAAAUCGUCGCCCAUCAAGUCCAAGCCGGCCGUCACACACACCCGUCAUCAAGACGAGCUCUCUUCCGAAUCAGAAUCUGGCUCCGAGUCCGACAACGGCCUCUUCCGAGGACGAGGCAGCCGUCGCAGGGUCGACUCGGACGAGGAUUUCCAACCAGAGAAGCACGCCGAAGCAGAGCUAGACGAUGACGACGACGACGCCAAAACGAUCGAUAGCGACAGUGACGCCUCCGCCGCAGUCAACUCCACCACCAUCAGCGAGGGACGCUCCUCCACACCGUCCACCAGCAUGCCCGAAACACCCGCUGAUGACGACCCUGCCACGACCGGCUACUUCUUCGGCUCCGACCCGUUCGUGCCCGUAGCUGGAUCCAAGCCCCAGCUGCCAAAGUCGACAUCGCAGCGCUCGCUUCGUUCCGCUGGCCCGCCCGCAGACCCUCCGAAGAAGCUCUUCUCGCUCUUUGACAGCCCGAGUGCCAAGGGCAAGCGUGCCCACGAGGCCGACGAGGACGAUGAUGCCUUCCUCGAUGAUGAUGAUGACGACGAUGUCAAGCCUCGCAAGCGAGGUGGGGCAUCCGGCACAAAGCCAAAGGGUGGCGUUUCGAUGCCUUCCGUCUCCAGCGGCAAGGGCUGGAAGUCCAAGUUCGCCCAGCAACGACCUUUCCGCAAGAUGCCUUUCGUGCCGUCUCUAUCAGAGAUUGCCGAGAUGCGUGCAAAGGUCAAGGAGAAGGCGGACAGCAUCUCGUACCCGCCCAUUCACGACCUCGCCGACAUCUUUGGUGACAUGAUCGAUCGAGCGCCUGCCAUUCUCGAGCUCGCCAAGACUCUCAAGGAUCGUCCCCUCCGCGUCGCCACCAUGUGCUCCGGAACCGAGUCGCCUCUCCUCGCCCUCGAGCUCAUGUGCCGCGCCAUCCACCAAAAGCACGGCAUCCGCAUCAAAAUUCAGCACGUCUUCUCCUGCGAGAUCGAGCCAUUCAAGCAGGCCUAUAUCGAGCGCAACUUCUCACCGCCCAUCCUCUUCCGAGACGUCACGGAGCUCGGCGGCAAGAAAGCUCACACCGCCUAUGGAGCGCUCGUCGAUGUGCCGGGCGACGUCGACAUCCUCAUCGCAGGUACCUCGUGCGUUGACUACUCGCAUCUCAACAACAGUAAGAAGGGCCUGAACGACGGCGGUGAGAGUGGACGCACCUUCCGCGGCAUGCUCGAGUGGGUGAUGCGCCACAAGCCCACCCUGGUCAUCCUCGAGAAUGUCAAGAACGCGCCUUGGGUAGGUGUGGCCGAGACCAUCGUCUCGGAAGCCGGCUACGACGUCGGCUUCAGCAACACGUUCGACACCAAGAAUUACUACAUCCCGCACACGCGUCAACGAGGCUAUUUGCUGGCGUGCAGAAACAACAAGAACUCGCUUCCUCAAAACUGGGAGCUCAUCACCAACAUGCUCAUGCGACCAGCCUCGAGUCCCCUCGAUGCAUUCCUGCUGCCCACGGACGAUCCGCGUAUCCAGCGAGUGCGUCGUCAAUUCGCGCACGGCGAAGGUCUGAGCAAGGGCAGAUCUACUAUCGACUGGUCCAAGUGCCAGAGCCGACACGAGCGAGCGCGAGACGAAGAGGAGCUUGGAAAGACACGUCCCCUCACUGCAUGGGAGGAAGGCGGCACGUGCAAAAUGUCGCAUGAUGGCUGGAACGAAUGGGCUGUUCGCCAGCCGGAGCGUGUCACGGAUCUUCUUGACAUCACCACGCUCCGUUUUGCCGCCAUGGGUCAAGAUCCGAUCUACAAGUCCAAGAUCUGGGAGCUGUCUCAGAAUGUCGACCGCAACGUUGCCGCCUCUCGACCGGGUAUUGCGCCGUGUCUCACACCGUCCGGUAUCCCCUUCCUGACCUCGCGCGGUGGGCCGUUGAUCGGCCUCGAAGCUCUCUCGCUGCAAGGCCUGCCCCUGGACGAGCUCCUUCUCACCAGGGAGACCGAUGAUCAGCUGCAAGACCUUGCUGGUAAUGCAAUGAGCUCGACCGUCGUCGGUGCUUGUGUGCUCGCCGCACUAAUCGUUGGUAUGGACGACCUGCGUGAGGACGGUGAGAAGCGAAAGGCCGCACAAGUAUCGAGCAAGGACAAGAAGCAGGGCGAGCUGAAGAGCACCAGCGAUGUCGUCGAGAAGGUGGUCGAGGACGGCCAGGACGCGAUCACACGCAGCAAUCUCCUCGCUGCACAGCCGCUGGACCUUACUUCCAGCCAAAAAGUAUCGAUGCCUGACCUCCUCAAGGCAGCGACCAACAGCGCCCAGCUGUGCAGCUGCGAAGGCCGAAGCCGUCUCGUCGACGUUGCCGUGCAUCGAUGCGUGGAUUGCGACCACACUGCUUGUGAGACCUGCAAGGGUCGCCCCGUCCACAAAUUUGUCCCCGACGAGCUGGUCAGGUCCUCUCCCGACAAUUUUGCCCCAUUGCUCAAAGCAGCACUUCCGAUGCGGCUCGAAUCUCGUGGUUUGACGCGAGAGAUCAUCUCAUCGAUGAUGAAAGGUCUGCCCUUCGCAAGCGACUCGCUGGCCAACCGUUGGGGCAAGCGCGUCGCCGAGGUGCUCGAGUCAGCUGAGUUCCGCUUUCAGACGCUACUCCGUCAGAAGGUUUGGCAGGUGCAAUUCGCCGCGCCGGGUGCACGACUCGACCUCCUCCUCGACCCCGUCGAGCCGCAUUGGCGCAUCCUCGUUGAGCCUCCUAUCGAUGAGCCGGCGGGCAGCCCGUUGCGCAAGCUGCUCAUUCAGCCUGUGGCCCGUAUGGCCCUCGACGCCACAGCGAAGCGAGUCGACCUCCUGCACGGACAGUGGGAAUUGUGUCUCCCGACCACAAAGGUGACCAUUGUCACGGUCCGCAGCACCGGUCCACAGGUCCAGGCGUGGCAGAGCGCGAUGGGUCUUGGCGGCAAGUGGGCGGACAAGCUGCGCUACUCGCAAAUGCACGUCAGUGUGCCCGAAGAUGUGCGCGACCUCUUGGAUGCCGACAUCGAUGGCGCCUACGAUCUGCUCGAGCAGUGCGGUACUGCCUGUGGUGCUCUCCACGUCCGCCGAAAGGACCAGGACACGGCCAACCACCGACGCCUCUUCCUCUUCAUCGACACCGAUCGAUUCCAGGACCAGUCUGCCGAUCGAUUCGUCUUUUCGACCGACACAUCUCGCUGGCCGUACCCGCUCGAGCGUGUCUCGGUGGCUCAGCUUGAGCCUGGGUGGCGACCCGCGUUCGCUGUGCCAAGCAAGGAAGAGGUGGAACAGCAAGUCAAGAUGACCAUCUCUGGCGCAUGGCGUAAGGUCGAGCGUUUCAACGUCCGUGCCGGCACCGGAGUGGACGGCAAGAUGGCGAUCCCAAAGCAGCACUUCGACCUCGAUCUCCGGCAAGAAGACUGCUCUUCGUCUGUCGCCGUGUUGACCUGCGAGGCGCCCGUGCUCGGCCGCGGCAUGGACCGCAUCUGGCCGGCAGACGGUGUCUGGGGUCAGGUCGACCUGCUGCACAAGACAAACACCACCUUCAGUCACCUGGCAUGGCUCGUCGAGCGACUGCCGGACGUCGAGGCGCUGGACGGCUGGAUGCCUGCCAAACACGAUCCGUUUGACUGCGCCACCGCCAACUGUGCUCGAUGUGCGCCCUCUGAGCCGGACAUUCAGUGGCUUGCGAUCCCAGGCAAGCCUGUCGUGCCCGUCGAGAACACAAUGCAAGCCGGGCCCUACGAGCAGGCUCUCAAGAACCGCCCCUCUCCCUUCGUCGUGCAGCUACGCCUCAAGAAGGAUGUGGCCCAGGUGCGAUUCGGUCUCAACGCUGCAACGCUCAUGCAUCGUGCCGUGUCACGUCUGCCCCCGUCGAAAAACGCUGGCGCUGUAGAGCUGUCUUGGCGUCUCACCAAGCUCGACCGCUCCAUCGACAUGUUCAAGCUGCCCCGCUACACGCUCCGCAGCAAUCGAUUGGAUCCAGAGGCGGCCACCCCCGAGCUUUUCGCGCUGCAACUUCGACGUGAGCAGAAGCGAUCGCUCACGUGGAUGCUCGAGCAGGAAGAGGCCGACGUACAGCCGUUCAGCGAGGAGGAGAUCUCGGAAGGCUUGCUUGACCCACUCGGCUGGCGUGCCGAGGGUCGGGCCGUUCGCCCCGUCACCGUCCGAGGAGGCGUGCUGGCUGAUGCGGUCGGUUACGGCAAGACUUGCAUCUCGCUCGCUCUUAUCGCCUCGUCGCCGCACCGUCGUGACCUUCCCGCGGCCCCCGCAGGUGAGGAGGGCAACUACGUCUCUACUCGCGCCACGCUCAUUAUCGUCCCCGGCCAUCUCUGCAAGCAGUGGGAGAAGGUGGUGCGCAAGUUCUGCGGCAACAAACUCACGGUCCGCGUCGUCACUUCGAAGGCCGAGCUCAACAAGCUCACUGUGCGAACGGUCCUCAACUGCGACAUCCUCAUCAUGUCUGUCACGGUCUACAAGUCGGACGCGUACUGGGAGACCUUGGCCUCGAUCGCGGCCUCUAACCCUCUGCCGAACCGGGCAGGGCGAUUCUUCAACGCUGCGCUCAAGAAGUCGCUUGAAGCGCUCAAGAACCGUGUCCGCGAGCUGACCGGAAUCGAUCGCGAUGGUGGCGUUCGUCAGCUGCUCAAGUCGAUUCGAAGCAAGGUUGACUUUGAUGACUCGCACCUCACCACGCACAAGGCCAGGAGCCGAUUGAAGGGCAAGGCGUACAUGGCUGCCAAUGGCAAGGACGAGGACGACGAGAGCGACGAUGAGAAGGUGCUCGCUGCUGCUGCCAAGAAAGGCACCAGCAAGGCCCUGCCCAAGGAGCUGCAGUCCACCAACAGCAAGGAUCCCGACCCGUGGGGUCUCGGCUCGGCUUCCGUCCAGCGCGACUGGCACAACAUGUCCUGCCCACCUCUCGAGAUGUUCAUGUGGAACCGCGUCAUUGUCGACGAGUUCCACUACAUCGGCGAGACCAUGGACCGCACUCUUGCCGGCGUCACCAGUUUGCAAGCUCGGUCGAAGUGGAUUCUCUCGGGCACGCCGCCCACCGCCGACUUUGCCGACGUCAAGAGCAUCGCCGUGUUCCUCAACGUCCACCUCGGUGUUGAUGACGACGCGGACACCACCAAGGACUCGGUCCGUAAGGCGAGGGAGAAGAUGCGUACCGCCGCGGAGAAAUUCAACAAUCUCCGAGAGAUGCACUCCCCCGCGUGGCACCAUCGACGUCAGGAGGUGGCUCAGCGCUUCCUCGAUCGCUUCGUCAGGAGCAACGAGCCGGAGAUCGGAGAGCUGCCGAGCCAGCAGCUGAUCAAGCCGAUCCGCUUGCCCGCCGCCGAGUCGGCGCUGUACCUCGAGCUCGCGCACGCGAUCGAGAACUUGGACCUGCGCCAUCAGCGCAAGGUGUUCAAGGCUCGGCCCAAGGCGAAGGCCAUCAAGGCCAAAGCGGCGAAGGAAUUCAUCGACGACAGCUCCGACGAUUCGGACAGCGGCAAGAAGAAGUCGAAGAAGGCAUCCGCUGCCAAGGACGUCAAGCGCAAGCAAGGCGAUCCGCAGCUCGAGAUGAGCCACCGUGACCAACGCCUCAUCGACACACUCGGCAGCUCCGCCUCGCCCGAAGAAGCGCUUCUCAAGCGCGCGUCGGUCUACGACGACUUUGCCGGUGUCGACCUGGACGCCAUGGAAGGCGUCAACAACGCCAUCAAGGCGUGCGAGUACAUCGUCCGCGAGCGUCGCAAGCAGCUCGCCGACUGUCGCGAGCAGCUCGAGCGGGAGCUCCCCAUCGCGCUCGAACAGCACCUGCUGGUGCUGCACCACUUUGGCUACCGUGACGAGAACAGGCAGGCGUUUGCCGACUACGUGCGCAAUGCUCACAACGCCGCGUGGGGCGACCUGGAGUCCAAGGCGAUGAUCCGCGAGAUCCUCGAUGAUGCCAACUGCACCAUGAGCAGCGUCACGCGAGCGGCGGCCAAGACGCACUUCAGCCGGUCGGGCGUGUUGCAAUCGGCGCUCAAGCGCAGAGCCAAGGAGUGCGCUGCUGCCGAGAAGGGCGGUGGAGGCGGCGACGAGGACGGCAUGAAGGGCAAAGUGGACCAAAAGGCGGCAGCCUGGGCGGAAGAGUACCACCUUCGCGCGCUGGUCCACCAGCUCACGCGUCUCCGCAACGAGCUCGUGGGUCGAGUCAACGCCCUCCGCUUCUUUACGAUGAUCCGCGACUGCCAGCGGGCCCACCUCGAGGGCGUCCACGUCAAUAUCACCUGCCCUGCGAGCAAGUGCAAGCACGGCGGCAACCCCGUCCCACUCAGCGAAGUGUCCAUCAGCUCGACGUGCGGCCACACGGGCUGCAAAGAUUGCGUCCUGCGCGAGGCUUACAUCGGCAAGUGUCCCACGGACGGGUGUGCUGCACUCGCCAAACCCACUUCGAUCGUCCAUGCCUCGUCCCUCGGCGCGGAGGACGACGGCAAAGCCACACGGUACGGCACCAAGCUCGCGCUUCUCUGUGCUCUCCUCCGUCGCAUCCCAUCGACCGAACGCGCGCUCGUCUUCUGUCAGUUCGACACGCUCACCGCCACAGUCGCAGAAGCUCUCUCGGCAUACGGCAUUUCGUUCGUCCAACUCACCGGCACGGCCAAACGCCGCUCGGACCUGCUCGAGGCGUACCAAGAAGAAUCCGGCGCGCGCGUCCUCCUCCUCAACGUCGAGGACGAAUCGGCCGCGGGCUCGAACCUCACGGUUGCCAACCACGUCAUCUUUGUCGGUCCCCUGCUGAAGCAAGAACAGCAGCAGUACGAGGCGACCAUGACGCAGGCCAUUGGUCGCUGCGUGCGGUAUGGGCAGUUGAAGAAGGUGUGUGUGUGGAGACUUCUGAGUUUGGAGACGAUUGAUCAGGAGGUGUUGGAGAGGCGGGAGCGGGUGCGGGUGGUGAGGGAGGAGGAGGAGGAAAGGGGAGAAGGGGUGUUAGUGGUGGAGGAGAUGGAGAGGGAGUUUGUCGAGGCACUGGGUGGACCGUUGGUGCUGCAGGAUGUGGGGGCUGGGAAGGGGAAGAGGAAGAGGGAGGAGGAGGAAAGCAGUCCGAAGAGGGCGCGAAGGCAGUCGCAGCCCAAGUCGAAGAGGAAGCGCGCUGCGAGCAGUGAGGAGGAGGAUGACGACGAUGAUAUUGAGAUCCUCGAGGAGGCGAGCACGCCUGCUAGGGGUCGACGCGCAAAGGCAAAGGCCAAGGCGAUUUUGAUCUCGGAUGACGAGGAGGACGAGGAGGACGAAUGA